UCUGUUUCUUCUACUACUGGACCCAACCAUCAUGAUACUAGAAAUGACCAUUGAGAGACAAGAAGUUCACAAUCUUUCUCUCUCUGUCUCAAAGCUAUAAGACAUUUGACAUCCCAAAACCAAAAAACAAAGCAUUCUAUGCUAUUCUGUUCUGUUCUCCAAUGUUGUCAUCAGCAAAGCAUAAUAAGAUCAACAACCAUAGUGCCUUUUCAAUUUCCUCUUCAUCAUCAUCAUUAUCAACAUCAUCCUCCCUAGGCCAUAACAAAUCUCAAGUCACCAUGGAAGAAGUAUGGAAAGAAAUCAACCUUGGUUCACUUCACUACCAUCGGCAACUAAACAUUGGUCAUGAACCAAUGUUAAAGAACCAAAACCCUAAUAACUCCAUCUUUCAAGAUUUCCUCAACAUGCCUCUGAAUCAACCACCACCACCACCACCACCACCUUCCUCUUCCACCAUUGUCACUGCUCUCUAUGGCUCUCUGCCUCUUCCGCCUCCUGCCACUGUCCUCAGCUUAAACUCCGGUGUUGGAUUCGAGUUUCUUGAUACCACAGAAAAUCUUCUUGCUUCUAACCCUCGCUCCUUUGAGGAAUCUGCAAAGUUUGGUUGUCUUGGUAAGAAAAGAGGCCAAGAUUCUGAUGAUACUAGAGGAGACAGAAGGUAUAAGCGUAUGAUCAAGAACAGAGAAUCUGCUGCUCGUUCAAGGGCUAGGAAGCAGGAAUGUGUCUCUCCUCACUCUUCUACUUUCUAAUUCCUCUAAAUCAACAGAAUCUCGUAUUAAAUCAACAAUUCCUCUGUACUAAAAUUGGUCCAUGGAUCUUUCAGGCAUAUACAAACGAACUUGAGCUUGAAAUUGCUCACUUGCAGACAGAGAAUGCAAGACUCAAGAUACAACAAGAGCAGCUGAAAAUAGCCGAAGCAACUCAAAACCAAGUAAAGAAAACACUACAACGGUCUUCCACAGCUCCAUUUUGAGAAAAAUCUACUAUUUCUUUUUGGGGGAGUUUCAAGUGUUUCUUAUGAAGAUGAGAAAAACAGAAAAAGUUUGUACAUUUUAGCUAAGUUAAAUUUGUGGUGGUAAGUAAUGUAAAAGAAAAGUGUGUGUAGAAGAAAAGUGUCUAGAAAAAGAAAGCAACUAACUUUCUUCUUCUUCUCUGGUUUCCUAUCAACUCUUUUGACUUUUGUACUUUUUUUCUUCUCUACUUAACCUCUAUUAUUGUAAUGCCAAGUCAAGUCCUUAUCUAGCUAGUACAUGAGUUUCUGUUUUCACUGGUUAAGCCAUUACUGCACUGUAUUGUCAGAUGAUAUAAGUCUU